GCAUCUCAUUUAUAUCACUGCCUACCUACCUCAUGUGAAUAUCACUGAAAAAAAAGUUCACUUAUUACAUUGUUAACUUUCUAAAAUCAAGGAUAAUAGUUUAUUCACGGCUACUUUUUUUUUUUUUGGCUCAACUUCUUUACAACCAUCGGGCUCCUGAACAUCAAGAAUCACCGCCAUAAUGGUGCCAGGACCAAAGAAAAAACUAUCGCUGCCUGCAACACUUCUAAAGGAGUUAGACGCCCAGCAGUCCUCGUCUUCUUUUAAAGGCGGAGGGAGGUCAGGAAAGCAGCUUUCGAGGAAAGAUCAACGCAAGGCCCAACGAGUUCAGAAAAGGCAAUCUCGCCGCCCGCAGCCACGCCAAAGUCAGGAAACGCGCAAGCCUCAGCCUCACAAGGCUUUUCAAUCUACUGAUUUUGAUGAUGAUGAUGAUGAUGAAAUCGAUGGUAUAGAGGAUAGGGGCGAUGGUGAUGAUGAUGAUGAUGAUGACGACGACGACAGAGACGACAUGGAUAUGGAGGAUGACUCCGAGGGAAGCGAUAGCGAGGGUAGUGAAGAUGAAAAGCCGAGUCAACCAAAAGUUUCUAAGGCCACACAGAGUAGACUUGCCCAGGACGACGCAGAGAUCAAAGACCUGGAAAAGAAAUUAGGAUUAAAGGGCAGGAAAUCACUUCCCAAAUCUUUCCAGGACGACGGACUCGGCGAUUUACUGGACGGUCUGGAUGAAGAUGGCGGGGAUACUGAAGGAGUUACCUCGCAGAAUAAACGCAAGGCAGAAGCGGAUGAAUGGCUAGCCCAAAAAAGGAGAAAAGCUCAAGCUGCCGCCGAUAAAGCUGCUGCUAGUGAAAGUGAUAGUGACAGCGACGAAGAAGUUGGCGACGAUUUGGACGACGAAGAUGCCUUUGAAGGAUUCUCAGACGGAGAACAAUCUACGACUGUGCGGCCAUUACGAGAAAACCCCUACGUCGCUCCUACAACGGGGGUCGCGAAAUACGUUCCCCCAGCUUUCCGUAAGCAGUCAAGUUCGAGCAACGAAGCGGAAACACGACUUCGAAGACGUGUCCAGGGUUUAAUCAAUCGCUUGACGAACGACAAUAUGGUCGGCAUAGUCAAGGAGUUCAUGACUUUAUACGACACAAAUCCGAGACAAACCGUUACAUCUGCCAUCGUGGAUCUAGUCCUAAACUUAGUUUGCUCACCUGAAAAACGCCCAGAUUCUUUUUUCGCUAUGACAGCUGGUUACCUCGCAGCAAUGCAUAAAUCUCUAGGUAUGGCCUUCAGCGCCUACUUCAUACAACAACUCGUAGAAGUCUUCGACCAGCGCUAUACGCAAGCGUCUGGAGAUCAGUCAGACUCCGGUUCAAGGCAUCUUAUUUCUUUACUUGCCGAGAUCUACAAUAUGCAAGUCGUCGGUCCUAAUUUGGUAUUCGAUUAUGUCCGCCUCUUCCUAGGCCAACUUUCCGAGCUCAAUACGGAGUUGAUUUUGAGAAUUAUCCAGAUUUGUGGCCCGUCUCUCAGGCGUGAUGACCCUCAUGCAUUAGGGGACAUCAUUAAUGGUAUUAGGAUAGGGAACACCAUAUCAACUAGGACAAGCUUCAUGAUCGACGAGAUGAAGAGUCUACAGAGUAACAAAACAAAAGCUGCAACCCGUAACAAAGACCUCGCGGAACAGCGAACCCAGAUCAGGAAGCGAAUCGGCGGUAUAAGCGGCACUCAAGAUGCUCAGCCUCUCCGCAUGGGCCUCCAGGACAUCCAGGACGCCGAUAAGCACGGGAAGUGGUGGCUCGUCGGAGCUAGUUGGUCUGGGAACCGUAGUGGUCCCAAUGGUCAAGGCAAGACCUUCAAGGACGAAGAGGGGGAUGACGCUGAUGAGAUGAUGGCGGACGUUGGUGACGACCUAGGUAUUCCGGAUCUGUGGCAAUUAGCAAAGGAGCAAGGCUUCAAUACGGAAGUACGGCAACGAAUAUUUGUCGCUUUGCAUGCGGCAACGGACUAUGAAAAUGCAGAACUGCUUGUCCGUAAGUUGAGGCUUAACAAGCAUCAACGGAAAGAGAUACCCGAAGUGAUCGUCCGAAGCAGCGAGCGGCAGUCUCAGUACAACCCCUAUUAUGCUCUAGUCGCUACCAGGUUCGCCGGCGAUCGGGAGUUAUCUUUUCAGUUUAGGCGAUGCCUCACAACACGUCUCAGGAAGAUGGGAGAGGACAUUGACAUCGGCGAGGAAGAUGACGUCGAUUUCGACGAUGCGACCGACUACGACAUGCGGUGGGUAUACAACACGGCUAAGAUGUACGGCUCGCUUGUGGCUAGCCGGGGUCUUCGGCUGGCAGAUAUAGUGAAGCACCGCAACUUUGCGGCUCUGCAUGAGAAGGCACACAUGUUCUUUGAGGUAAUGCUGAUCUCAACGCUCCAGGAGUGCAAGCGCGAUGGCCUUAAGGAGGUAUUCAGCGGCCUGGAUGCGGUCCACGCCCGAGGGGUCCAGUGGUUCUUGCGGAAGAAGGUGCGGAAAACAGAUCUCCUUAAGGACAAGAAGGAAAAAGCGGCGAUUAAGAAGAGUUGCGAUGCGGCAGAGGAGAUACUGAAGGCAUUGGUAACAGCGGGACCAUUAGGGGGAUUAUCAGUUCUCCGCACUGGUUUUAUCAAAACUUAGAUACCCGUUUAAUAUUAUACACGCGUUGUUUUUCACUUAAAGGAAUAGCUGUUAUAUAGUUUUUAUCUCGUCU